CCUCAAAAGACAGUGUUUCGUACCAUCACGAUUCUUCAUUCACUCCCUAGAUUCUGAAAGGAACUCCAUGAACGUUUAAUCAGACCUUCGUGAAAACGAAAGCGCAGACUUCACGAGAGAAAAAAAUCUAGGUCGGCAGCAUUAGCUUCAAACAAUCUCACCAUGGAAUCCGAGCAGCCGAGAGGACGUCGUGAAUCGACGACCAGUAACACAUCUAAGGGCAUCGCCGAGACUGAUACGGCACCUGAAGUAACCCGAAGCUCAUCGCGUAACGACGCCGAGGAGAAGGAACAGAAGAUGCGCGAGAAGCACCGAAAGCGUGCUCUUAAAGCCCUAACUGGAACUUCUCAACGCUCCAAGACACCUGUCAAACAACCACAGCCGGCAGCGUCUCAAGCCACAUCGACUACUUCUCCCACUAUGGCUCCCAACCAGCAGACUGAAGAUAGCUCUACCAGUGGUGGUGACCAUUCUUUUUCUCAGUCAUCAACAUCCGGUACUACUCAGCCUGAGUAUCGCGGCCAUCGAGGAAGACCUCGCCCACCGCCUUUGGACCUUGAGCUUGUGCGACAACGCGAAGUCGAACCCCCUCUCCCAACUAGUUCAACAUCAUCGUCGAUUGGAACGGGACUCCCAUCCCCCUUUAUUGUUUCCAAUGCGCGACGACUGAUGCCGGCAUCGCCAGGCCUUCCUCCUACAUAUUCCACCAUAGAUCUCGUCCCAGCCUCACCCAGUUCAUCGACGACCAGUUCCCAGCGAGGACGUAGCCCGACUCGCGGCGCUUGGUCGUCCGAUACUCCGCAGAAGGCACGAACAGGUACCCUCACCAGAGCUCUCGAGAAGAUGGAGCAGAAAUGGGACUCGGGCCUACAGAAGGCCGGCUUUAGGCCUAAGCCAAGCUUUAAGGUGAACAGUGUUAUGAAGACUCACACUAAGGAUGUGGCUUUCAAAGAGUUCCCUUCAAUGGGCCCGACGCAAUCCCCUGCCGCGCCGGGCGUUUCUCCGACGUCAUCGUUGAGCAGUUUUUUCACCAACUCGACUGGCCUACCUACCGCCUUCCGUGACGGACGUAGCGCAUUUUUCGACGACGGUAGAGAGGGUAGCUCUAGUCUUGAGGAUCGAGUUGCGCGCCACAACGUCCGCGAACAGCAGAACAUCGCUCCGGAGUUUAAGCUUCCACAGGUCCGAGGUAACCACCCUGCUAGAACCAGUUCAGUUCCCCAGGCCCCUUCGGCUCCUCUCGAAGAACGCCUUUUCGGAGCGGGAAGAGGAAGAGCUCGAAGUUCUGGUCCUGCUUACCGAACGCGAGACGAUGAUCGUCGACUUCUUCCGAGUCAGAGUCGCAGACGCGCAAGACACUCGCAGGAUGCGGUUUGUCCCCAGGAUGUUGCGCCUGAAGCUUCGUCGGCGACGGUGGCAGAGCAAUCACAGGCUCGACCUCAGAACCGUUCGCUUAAGCACAAGAAGAGUAGCGAGAAGCUUCGUAAGGAUAAGAUUGAUUAAGGUUUACGGGAAUGGUAUACGAGAUAUGAAUUAUUGAGAAGACGAGCAGGAGUUGUGGGGAUGAACAGGAUUGAUGAGUGGGGGAGAGUUAUGAAUAGGAAUGGAACUCGACGAGGACGAGUUCACGGAUGGAUUUGUGAUACGAUACUGCAACGUUGAGAUUUCGAAAUCUCGAAUCAUCGCGGCGAUAUCGCGAUACUGCAGUUCUCCAGUUGCUUGUUUUAUAGAGAGCUACUCGUCACUUGCGCGAUU